AUGGUCCAAGGAAAGGUGGAUGAAGAGCCAUAUUUUUUAUAUGACUGUGGCAGCAAUAAGGUCAUACCCAUGAAUCUCCUGAGAAAUGCGGGAAAGGCCAUGGAUUCCUGUGAACAAGAGUUAGAUACCCUGAGAGACAUGGGAGACAAAUUAAAAUCAUUACUGCCUGACAUUAAACAGGAGAAAUACUCAGGUGGAGCUCCUUUCACCCUGCAGGUCAGGAUGACGUGCCAGGGCAAGGCCAAUGGAAGCACCUGUGGAUUCUUGGAGUUUUUCUUGGAUGGACAGAGGUUCCUUACCUUUGACAAUAAGACAGCAAAAUAUAGAGCGGAUAAUUCCGUAGGUGAACGGCUGAAAAAGAAGUGGGAGAAUAAUGAGGAAUUGACCAACUUCUUCAAUAUUACCCUACGUGGAGACUGUAACUUAUUGCAUCAGUGCUGGGUGCAUCGGAAGAUAGAGCCGGAGACAACAGCUCCAUCACCCACUGUCUCAGCCACAGUCCCUUCCAAGGCCACAACCAAUACGCCCAUCGCC